AUGGGUCUAGGCAGUGUGCUGUUUUCUCUUUUCUUCUUGUGUUCGAGAAUGGUCGUUGCCGAUACGUGCGAUUACUACAAUCUAGGCAAUUGCAUAAACGUCCAAUCCGAAGGCUCACAGUCAUUUGAAUUCAAACCGCUUUUCCCCGAAAAUCCCACUCUCGUUUACGCCAUUGAUGAAUUGACCUCAACCGAGAUUCAGAUAGAAACCGACAAGGACCCAUUGUGGCAGCCUGAUGAAGCCCAGCGAAUCUCCUUCUGGUUAGAGUAUCCCGUCAUUAAUACCACCAAUGAGGCCUUCACUUUGUCACAGAUCGGGAUGCUGUUUACAAACGUGACAGGAGAAUUAGGAGGAGGUAACAAUGGCUGCGAUGGUAUUCUGGGCCAACAAUGUGCCGAGAAUCUCAAGGAUGUAUUGAAGUGGAUGCUCUUAGAGGAAGUGGACGGAUCCUCUGAAGACGAAAAGGUCCUGCACAAUGUCCUUAGUGAGCUUGAAUCCAGGCCUUUGUAUAAUCUAUCGUGUCCACACGAUAUAUUUGACGAUUCUGCGCUUACACUGGAAAAGGCGCUGGCUGUCGAAGCUGUCUACGACGAUACGGGCUAUACUUUCGAGCCGGAGUUUCUACCAUCUGGAAACUCUUCCUUCACUUACACGACCCCGGUUGAUAGAGAGAGGUCUUACGAGGAGCAAGUCCGCAAAAUCGGCGUUGGUAUUGUUGUCCGUUUCCCAAUCACUCUUGAGCCUGAAUAUGAUCCGACUUCCGAGCAAUACGAGGGAGGGAGAAACACAACUCUCGAUGGAAUUCAGCUCGAACUUGUAUGUGUGAGGGCUGAAGAUAAUAACUCGGGGGACGGGGCGGGGGGCGAUACAGCUGGUGAAGAGGAGAACAAUGAAAACUUAGCUACCCUGACUCGAACGUCACUUGCUGGGGUUUUGGUGGCCUUUAUGGCCGCAUUGUUGACAGUGUACUACUAG